AAAGGCAGUUCUAGCACAUUGAGCAGAGAAAAUGUCGUUGAAUGUGUCGUUACAUGUGAAAGAAUUCCUAUUAGGGAAGGAAAAUCCUGAGGUCAUGAAAUUGGGAUACAUCGAAAUCUCCAUGUUGGUGAUGACUCUUGCGGCAGUUGUUCUUUUUGUCACAGGAUCUUCCAGGCGUCGAGGCUGCUGUGGGGCGAUUGCAUUCGUACAAUGGUUAAGCUACACUUUAGUCUCCAACCAACUGUUCACCUUUACCAUUGGCCAGAUGCAAGGUGCGACGUUCCAAAAUGAACUGCUCCCUCUAUGGGGAGCGUUUAUGCUUAUAGUUUUUGGACAAGUUCAUUCCUUUUCAGCAUAUAGUCCUGAAGACAAUGAACAAUGGAAAAAGUAUAGUUCGAUAAUUUUUUUGCAGUCUAUUUUCGUGGGAGGCAUGGUUGGCUUAUACACUGAAACAACAACAUACCGGUAUUGGUUUAGUCCUAUAUUAGUUUGCAUGGGUAUUGAAGCAGACGAAAAAAUUGCAGCUUUAAAAAUGGCUGCUAGAUCCUCCUUAGCAGAAAACACCAAGCCGAUUUCAGCCUUCAUGGCCAGUGAGCAUCGAAUAUCUACUGUUGGUGAGCCAGAUCCGAUUCAAAUGAAUGGGUACAAUUAUUUGGUCACUGGAGACCGUGUAGGGAUGUUCGAGGUGAUGCGGCCACAAUACCAGAUGCAACUGAACGUCGCCAGAGACGAAGUUGUUACCCUCCAGAAGAUAUGGCAGUGUCAAGGAAGGCUUCUAACAGGGGAAACAGGGCAGCAGCUCAAGGACAUCUGUUUUUCCUUUGCCCUGUUUAAGCUCCUUCUCCGCCGAUUUGGUGGGCAGCCCUUCUCAGAGAGCAGCCUUGACAAGACAUGGAAGCUCGUUCGAAAUGGUCUUCUUGAAAAAGAAGGGGACUAUGAAAGAGCUUUAAGGGUCAUUGAGGUAGAACUCUCUUUCCUCUUUGAUCUUUUCUACACUAAGUACGCAGUCAUCUUCAAGGGAGGCCCAGGAUUCCGAAGAUGGAAAAUACUGAGUACUCUAUUUCUAGUCGGAUUUGGAGCCUUUAUUGCUAGAGAAUUCCUGAUAAAUUAUAAGCCAAAAACUGAUGAACUUAAUCUUAUUACAACUCAUGGUGUUAACGUGGAUACGCGAGUUACAGGUAUUCUUAUUGUUGGAAUUCUCUUCAUGGCGAUUGCACAGUCCCUCUAUCUCAUUGUGUCAAAUUGGGCAAUGGUUCUUUUGAUUUGUAACCAUGUGAGGGGAAUAUAUGAUAGUAACUACCUUAUGUUGCUGCUUGCAAAGAUGGUCUUGCUCAGACAUCGAUGGCUUAAACCUUGGGGGAGAAAACUUGGUCAAUACUCUCUUCUUAAGUCCUUCCAUCGUGACCCUCUCAAAUUUAAAUUCAGGUAUUUCUCAUCGGAUUUUGUAGAUCGUGUUCCCAGACAAGGCCGGACAGGAAGCAGUAAAAUUGAAUUGCCUGAGGAGGUAAAAAAGGCAGUGAUACUUAAUCUCAGGACAAUCAAUGAUCGCAAACUGAGCAAUGGGGAAAAAUCUCUUCAGCAAAAUAAUGUACGGGAUGAGCUGAUUUGGGCAAGUGAGCUUGAGACACCCACCCAUGUAAUCUUGGUCUGGCACAUAGCUACUAGUCUCUGUAAGAUUGCAACAAGACCAAACAGUUUGAGGAAUGGAGACUUCGUUGUUGCCACUCGGUUGUCUGAUUAUUGUGCCUAUUUGGUGGCAUUUGCCCCAAGGUUGAUAUCGGACAAUGCCACGGAUUCAGAGUUUAUUUUCGAUGAGGUUCUCAAGGAUUGCAGAGGCAGUUUGAAGGAGUGCAAGUCAGAUAGAGAUAAGUAUGAGGAAAUUAUGAACAAGCUGGGUGGACAAGAAACCAUCAUUCAUGAGGGUGCAAGGCUUGCAAAUGAUCUACAAAAGUUACAAAAUGAAAGUGAUUUUAUGUGGAAGGUCUUGGCCGAUUUCUGGGCGGAGCUCAUGUUAUUUGUAGCUCCCUCCGGUGAUCCAAGAGCCCAUGUAGAACAUCUAGCCGAAGGAGGAGAGUUUGUGACCCACUUGUGGGCCUUGCUUUCUCAUGCGGGCAUUCUCAAUAAUGGCUAAACUUUUCUAUAUGUCUAAAAUGUCUAGUCACCUAGUGUGUGCGUGCGCUUUUUUUCAAGGUUGUAAUUGGCUAUCUAAAACAGUGCAUUAUGUGUCUCUUGACUCCAGCUCAGUCAAAGAUCAUAUGUAAGAUAUUGUUUUAGAAUAAGGUGCACUGAUAUAA